CAACGGUCGACCUUCUUGUCUUCUCCUCCUCCAACACCUCGUUCUGGGUGAUAACUCGGUAAAGAUGGCGUUCAGAAGGCAGGCAGGCAACCAGAUCAGAGGCCCGCACUCUGCACUGACUGAUUUUCUGGCUUCCAACAACAUCUCCGCGGCUCAGAUCAAUGAAGACUACCAGCAAAGACUACGAGAAGCCGAAGAGCAGCAAGAGCAAGAUACACCUGGGGUUGAGGAAAAUAAUGGAAAUGAGCGUACCGAGACGACCUCAGAGACACCUGAACAGAGGAAGAAGAGAAAGAGAAAAGAAGCCGUUGCGCUGGCAAAGAUCAAGCAGAGCAAAGAAUUUGCUCGCCGCAAGGCGCGACGCAUCGGAGACCUUGAUGAUGAUGAUGAUGAUGACGAUGACGAUGACGAGCUUGCACGAGAUAUGAUGUAUGAGAAAAGUCGACCCAUGCCAGGGCAGUUGGAGAACUGUGAGAUUUGUAGCAAGCGUUUCACUGUCACGGCAUACAGCAAGACUGGUCCGAACGGAGGCCUUCUCUGCGGCAAGUGCUCCAAAGAAAUCAACGACGAAGAGAAGAAAUCAAAGCAGAAGAAGCGGGGUCCUAAAAUCGGCCGUCGUCAGAACCAAAGCAAUUUGCUUGACGGACUUGUCACUCAGGGAGCAUUAAGUCUAGUCGAAAUGUGUACCAAGGUGAGAUCGAAGAUGAAUCGGGCUAUGCUGCCGUGGCUAAAGCAUGCUGAUUUUUUUUCCCCUCAGAAAGUUGCAGAUAACAUCAAUGACGUCGAAGAGUUUGGCGAUCUUCCACCACUGCUGCUUCAUCGCCUGAGCCAGAUUCUGUCAAAGAGACGUGUGAUAACCCCGAGAACGUUGAAUCUCUUCUUGCGACCCGAGCUAGAUUCCAUCGACAUUUAUGACUGUGCAAAACUCGAGACGGAUGACUUUGGAAAGAUCUUCUCAUUCAUGCCGUCUGUGACCAAUGUCAAUCUUCGCUUCGCCGGACAAAUGAAAGACGCGGUCGUCGACUACAUGGUGGACCACAACCUGAAGAUCAAGAAAUUGUACUUGGACGCCGCAAAUCUUGUAUCAGAUGACUGCUGGCGCCGCCUCUUCAACAAGCUUGGGCCGCAGUUUGAGAGUCUCAAAUUGUCGAACCUCGAUGCUUCCUUUGACGAUGAGACCGUGAAGGAGCUGUGCAAGUCCUGCACAUCACUUCGGCGCUUGAAGCUGAAACAUUGCUGGAAGACUAGCGACGAGUCGCUUAUUGCGAUCUCCAAGCUGCCGAUGCUGGAGCACCUGUCACUCAAUUUCAUCCAAAAGACCCAUGCAGAAGACAUUGUCGGGCUUGUUCAGAGCCUUGGUCCUGGAUUGCGCACCUUAUCGCUGGAAGGAUUUGACGAUGCAGACGAUGAAGUUCUCGAGAAGAUCCACGAUAACUGUUCCAUGCUGACCAAACUACGGAUCAUCGACAAUUCUCUACUCACGGACGCGGGGUUUGCGGGAUUGUUCACCAACUGGUCGAACUGUCGACUUGAAUACGUGGAUCUCUCCUCUACGCGCGACGUCGACAAAACACUCCCGGAUGGACCGGAGGAGGCCAUGGGUCUUGCCUCGAAGGGGUUCGUCAGUCUCAUGCAGCACUCCGGGUCUGCGAUCCGCACCCUCAAGAUCGCGUCGUGUCGCCACAUCUCGUACGCUGCCUUUGAACAAGUGUUUUCGCCGGACAAACAGUAUCCUCACCUGAAGGAACUGGACAUCUCCUUCCUCACCUUUGUGGACGACCAUCUGGUCCACUGUAUCUUCCACAGCUGCCCGGCUCUGAAGAAACUCAUUGCGUUUGCCUGCUUCAGCGUCCACGACGUGCGUGUGCCCAAGGGGGUCGCUCUGAUCGGCGGGUUGAAAGCGCAGGGGCCCAUCGUUCUCGAAGGGGUCCAUGACUGAAAAAUAAAUCCAAAAAGAUAGAUACUUCUCCACAUAAACCCAAUGAACAUUGAACAGAAACACUUUCUUUCUAUUCCGUACUCUGUACUCUGUAAUCUUUCGACUGAGUAGUAGGUCAUACU